AUGUCGGUUCAAAGCCGCGUCGGGCUCGGUCCUUCCGUCAGCGUGACGCUGCCUCUUUCGAUCCCUGUACAAACCGCAGCGAACGAACCGCUUCAUGCUGCCAACGAUCUGUUCCUCCAACAGUGCAUGGAGCUAUCAGGUCUUCGCAUUCGCCUACUCGGAUUCGAAGGCAUCAUGUUAGUUAUCCCGAACUCGCAAAAACACAAAUCAGUUUCAGACAUGGUCUUGGUCUCCGAGGACGCGCUUACCCAGAGGUCCAAAGAUAAGGUGCUCUCGAAGCUCCCAUGUGUUGCCGUGUGCGUUAACGCUCUCGUCGCUCAUCAGCGUUGUUUAGAAAGGAACGAUCAUAAGGGGAUUGCUGAAUUUAUCUCUCAACCUGCCGGUCCUCGGAAACUUGCGAAGGUGCUGUUGUUAGUGUUCGACCGAUGGGCAGCUGCACAGGCAGAUUGGACAAGCUCCGGACCAGACUCGCCGCUAACACCGGCUCAAAUCAUGGUUGAAGGCAUGAUCAACAUCCAUCAAUUGGAGAGUCCUCCUUUUUCGAUGAGGCCAUCGAUGACGGGUAACACAACUCUCGCAUCAAACCCAAAGCAGCACGAAACAAUAGCUGCUCGGCCGAAGCUCUUCAAGUCCCCUUCGCUCACUAAAAAAGCGGUUGAGUUCCUCUUGAUGGAAGACAACCCGAUCAAUCUCAAGAUUCUCUGUACCUAUAUGAACAAGCUUGGGAGAAAGUACCACACGGCAACCAAUGGCUUGGAGGCUGUUGAAGCGUACAAGCGGAAACCACUCGAGUGCAAGUACAUUCUUACCGACGUUUCCAUGCCGGUUAUGGAUGGGUUUGAGGCGACGAGGCAGAUCAGGGCGCACGAGCGGGUGCUUGAUCUGAAACCGGCGACAAUCAUUGCGUUGACAGGAUUGGCGUUGGGUGAGUCGCAGAACGAGGCGUUUGGCAGUGGAUUGGAUUUGUUUUUGACGAAGCCGGUGAAACUCAAGGAUUUGAGCUCUAUCUUGAAGUCUUAUGGAGUACUUGGAUAA